ACCGCCGUCUCUGAUUGGCUGAGGGCUGCACGAAAUACAAACCGUGGACGUUGUUGUUACUGCUUCGACAAUCAAGUUGAAGUUUCCGAAUCUUCUGCUACACACACAGGGUCAGUGCAGAGCAGCCAUGCAGGCUCAGGAAGUCCUCAGGCACCUACGGAUUCCCGAGCUGGAUGACGUUCGGCAGUACAUGCGCAGCUUUCCCACCAACGCUCUCAUGGGUGUGGGUGCCUUCGCUGCCAUCACCACCUAUUGGUUUGCCACACGACCGAAAGCCCUCAAACCACCAUGUGACCUUGGCCUGCAGUCAGUGGAAAUACCAGGUGGAGAACGCGCGAGAAGAUCAGUACUGAACGAUAGUGACGAAAGCAUGACGCACUACUACAGUGACGUACGCACAAUGUACGAGGUGUUCCAGCGAGGGCUCAGAGUAUCGAAUAACGGGCCUUGUCUAGGAUCAAGAAAACCAAACCAGCCGUACGAGUGGCAAUCUUAUAGAGAAGUGGCUGACAGAGCGGAGUACAUCGGCUCUGCUCUCCUUCACCGAGGACACUCGCAUACAGGAGACAAGUACAUUGGUAUUUUUUCCCAGAACAGACCAGAGUGGACCAUUUCAGAGAUGGCCUGUUACACAUACUCCAUGGUGGCAGUCCCACUGUACGACACACUCGGCACAGAGGCCGUCACCUACAUUAUUGAGAAAGCUACCAUCUCCACGGUGAUUUGCGAUGUACCUGAAAAGGCUCGGCUGAUCCUGGAUUGUGUCACUGGGAAAGGGCGAAAGGUCAAGACAAUUGUGCUCAUGGAGGCAUUUGACAGUGACCUUGUGACCCAUGGACAGAAAUGUGGUGUAGAAGUCAUGAGUUUGAAGGAGUUUGAGGCCUUGGGUAAAGCCAACCUCCAGAAACCAGUGCCCCCUAAGCCAGAGGACCUCGCACUUAUCUGCUUUACAUCUGGAACCACAGGAAAUCCAAAAGGUGCUAUGAUUACUCAUGGAAAUGUCAUCUCCAACACUGCAGCUUUCAUGAGACAAACAGAGAUGCACUGCAUGGCGAACUUCAAUGACAUUCAAAUAUCUUACCUCCCCCUAGCCCACAUGUUUGAGAGGGUUGUAGAGAGCCUCGUCCUCACCCAAGGAGCUCGAAUUGGCUACUUCCAAGGAGACAUUCGCCUUUUGAUGGAUGAUUUGAAAACACUGCAGCCAACAAUCUUCCCUGUGGUCCCUCGUCUCCUCAACCGCAUGUUCGAUAAGGUAUUUAGUCAAGCCAAUACACCUCUGAAGAGAUGGCUGCUUGAUUUUGCCUUCAGGAGGAAGGAGGCAGAGCUGAAAAGUGGUGUGAUGAGACAGGACAGCAUGUGGGAUAAACUCAUCUUUAGAAGAGUACAGGCGAGUUUGGGCGGUCGGGUGAAGCUCAUGAUUACAGGAGCAGCACCAGUGUCCCCGAUCAUCCUGACGUUUUUACGAGCCGCUCUGGGCUGUCAGGUAAGCCGCAUCCACCAACCCUUCCCACUGAUUGUUUGGCAGUUUUUAAUCAGUAAGUGGGCCUGUUGUGUUUUUAUGAAUUCCCCUAAAAACCUCCACUGCUCUCCUCAGUUUUUUGAAGGUUACGGUCAAACUGAAUGUACAGCUGGGUGCACCAUGUCAGUGCCUGGAGACUGGACAGCAGGUCACGUAGGACCUCCUCUACCCUGCAACAUUAUCAAGCUCGUGGAUGUGGCAGAAAUGAAUUACCUGGCAGUCAAUGGAGAGGGAGAGGUGUGUGUCAAAGGACCAAAUGUAUUCCGGGGCUACCUAAAUGAACCUGAGAUGACAGCUGAGGCAAUCGACGCCGAUGGAUGGCUGCACACAGGCGACAUUGCAAAAUGGCUUCCUAAUGGCACUCUGAAGAUCAUUGACAGAAAAAAGCACAUUUUCAAGCUGGCACAAGGAGAAUACAUCGCCCCAGAGAAAAUAGAAACCAUCUAUAACCGUAGUGAUGCAGUGGCCCAGGUAUUUGUUCAUGGUGAUAGCUUACAGGCAUGCCUGGUGGCGAUAGUAGUACCUGAUCCUGACUAUUUACCUGUUUGGGUCAGGAAUAAUGGAAUUGAAGGAUCCUACUCCGAACUGUGCAAUAACAAGGAAGUGAAGAAGGCCAUUCUGGAGGACAUUUUGAAGUUGGGAAAAGAAGCAGGACUCAAGUCUUUUGAACAGGUGAAAGAUAUUGUAUUACACCCAGAGAUGUUUUCUGUCCAGAACGGCCUGCUGACACCCACCCUGAAGGCUAAAAGGGCUGAGCUUCGGAGCCACUUCAGAAAACAGAUUGAUGAACUUUAUGCCACAAUUAAAAUGUGAGCUGAGACCAAGGAGUACUGUAAGGAAAGAUGACAAUCAUUUAAAGUACACAGAACCACAUUUAAGUAUGUGGAUCAGUGUACUUCCUUUUUCUGCCAACAAUAAUCUGGUAAAAAUGUCCCUACCACCACAGACUAAUAACUACACAAUAUCCUUGACUAGUUCAUUGUAUUGUUUAGUUUAUACAAGAAUAAUAUGGCACCAAAUCAAUGACUUUAGUCUUUAGCACUGAAAAAGAAAGCUUGGCAUUGACACUGGAAAAAUGACAAUCUUCUGACUUUUACUUUUUGUUAACCUAAUCUUUUUCAGUGCCAACAUUUUCUUUGUUUUUGGCAUGGAGUGGAGGGCUUUGAGGGGCGGAGCCAAGUAGUGUGAUUUGCAUAUUCUAAGAUCCAUGAGGAAAGGAUGGCCGUCUCCCCUGAACCACCGUUCACAUCUAGGCUACGUUAGCUUUAACGUAACUCAGUUCUGUGAGUAAAGACAGAAACACAGCAGCUUGAGAGCUCUGGUUGAAUUUGGGGAAGCUGCUGCAGUAACUAUGCGGCCAGGCUCACCAGACAGAAGCCGGCUCAGGGGUCAUCCUCUUCUCAUGAAUCUGAGUAUGCAAAUCACACUCUCUUCUCCAUGUCAGAAAAGUGAAACUGGAAGGAAAAAAACCUUGGCACUGAAAACCACUGACAACAAAAAUCUGAAUUGUCAUUUUUCCAGUAUUAAUACUUUUUUUUAAUGCCAUUUUAUUUUCAAUGCCAAUGCUUGUUUUUUCAGUUAGGGUUUCAAUACUAAGCUUUAUUUAUCAUUAAUCUGGUGCCACAGAAUAACAGCUUAAAAAAAUUAUAUAUAGAAAUGUCCUUGUUAGACACGGUACCUUUUGACAUGGCAGUUUUCAAGCUACAUGUAGCGGUUGCCUUCUUGUUCAGACUUAGAGCUUGGAGAGAGAGCAAGCAGCAUAUUUGAGACAGCUUGGUCUGCUAGCUGGUACUGACAUGUCCAACAAUGUUAGAACAGAUCUACAAAUAAGUCUACACAUUACUCAGAAUAUGCACAGAUUCCAAGCUCUUGGAUCAAUUUGCCAAUUGUUACUAGUGAAGCUCCAAAGCCCAAAAUGUACCCUUUGGUUAGAACAUUGACUACAUCUGACCAGGUAAAACUACACGCAACGUGGGGCUUUGUUCAGAGAUGACCCCUAGACGUGAAAUAGCCAGCAAAUUCCUGUCUAGGUGUGCAUGUCUGAAAGCAGCUAGAGGAAAUGUGACUUAUGCAAUGCCUCAACUGUGUCAAUGUUUCUGACCAUAAAGUUAGACUUCAUGAAUAGGAAGUCCAGUUCCUGAAAGACCUCUGGUAGCUUUAACCCUAUAAAACCAUUUGUAUCAUAUUUGAUAUGUGUGGUUUCUGAACAAAAGAAAAAAAAUCA